AUGUUGAUUCAGACGGUCGAGUCCUUCAACCUCGGUGCCAACCUCCGUUCGACCUACUUCGACCCCAGGUCCCCAUCCUACAUCGAGGGCAUCCGCUCCGACCUCGUUGACAACAACGAAGUCAAGGUUCGCGUCAAGGCUGGUGUUGAGGGCACCGUCGUCUUCGACUCUGCUGUCGCCCUCCUCCAGGGUCUCUUCCCUCCCAACCCCAACAACAAGAUCAAGUUGGCCAACGAGACCACUGUUGUUGCUCCCCUCGGUGGCUACCAAUACGUUCCUCUUGAGACCGUCGAGCCUGGCAAUGAUCGCUCUUUGGAAAGCUGGACCAACUGCCCUGCCUUUGAGAAGCACAUCAAGGAAUUCUACGCCUCCCCCGACUUCAAGCAGAAGGCCAAGGAUGCUCAAACCUUCUUCACCGCUGCCAAGGACUACCUUUUCGGCCGCCCUGCCACGCUCGAGAACGCCUGGAACAUCUACGACUUCAUCAACUCCGAGCUCAUCCACAACAAGACCUUCGCUCACCGUCUCCGUCCCACUUUCAUCGAGCAAGCCCGCCACUGGGCCAACUACCACGAGGCUGGUGUCUUCAGCGAUGACGACAUCAACGGUAUCGGAAACAUUGCUGGCCGCACCAUGCUCCACUCCAUCUUGAGCUCCCUCGAGCGCAUCUCCUUCAACGGCGACCCCCUCCAGUUCAUGCUCAUCCAGACCACCUACCAGCCCUUCAUCUCCCUCUUCAAGCAGACCGGUAUCUCCCAGAAGCACCCCGAACUCGCUGGCAUCCCCGACUUCAACUCUGCCAUCGCCAUUGAGCUCCGCCGCGGCUCUCCCCCCGAUGUUCGCGACUUCCUCCGCUUCCGCUUCAAGAACGGCACCUCUGGCUACUGGAAGGACGUCCACGUCUUCAACCACCGCGCUGACAUCCCCUUGACCGAGUUUAUCUACCGUGCCGAGAACGCCGCCAUCACCAGCAACUCCCAAUGGCGCCAAGUCUGCUCUAGCCAAGGCGUCGUCUCCAACUUCCUCUCCAGCGUCCCUCUCGGCUUCACCGACCAGCCCACCGUCGUCAACUCCCAAUCCGCCUUCACCCUCGCCUUCGCCGCCGUCGGCCUCUUCGCCUUGUUCACCGCCGCCAAGCUCGUUAAGCGUGCCCGCGCUAACAAGGCUAGGCAGGUGAAGCUUGAGGGAGAUGAGGUGAGUCAGGUUGUUCGAAUCGAUUACGGUUCGAUCCCCCGCUCCGCUGCUGCUGUUGGCGGUAAAUCGUGGUACCAACCCAACCGUCCUUAUCCCGCCGCUGCUGCCGAUUCGAUGGUCGCCACUACGCCUGUGUCGCCGUUGUCGCGGUCAGGUGCAUCUGCUGUUCAGAAUUCUGCUGGGGAGGAGAGGGUACAGGCCUCUGCGUACUAUCCUGAACACCCCCGGUGGAUCAUCUGA